AUGGAGAAUCAAACACGUGGACUUCGUGACGCAUUGGGACCAAAUGCUGAGUUUGUCUUUCUUAACGGAUCGUUUGAUGCACGUGGACGAACGGAUGAAGUUGUGGAGCAAAUGUUUGGUCAUACUGCACCUUUUUACGAAUGGUGGGCAGAUCGAGAGCUAGAAGAAGAAGAGAAAGAAGCGAUUGAAGCUCAAGAAGGAGUUUUGAAAGGCCUUACAAAGCACUGGUUCCUCGAGUUUGAAAACAUUGAACAGGCGAUUGAGCAAAUGGAUGAACAAUUGAAUGAAUUGGGCGAAUUUGAUGUUGCUGUAGGCUUUUCACAAGGUGCAAUUGUGCUCACGGUUCUAUCGAUGUGGUAUUUGAAGAAGAAUAAAUGUUGGUGGAAGCUUGUGGUCUGUGUAAGUGGUGUGUGUCCACGAGGGAUUAACGUCCGAGAAUUGUUUGAAACACAUGAAGGGGAGAAGAUAUUGGUCCCACUUCCGUCCAUUCAUUUGGUGGGGAAGAAGGAUACGAUGUAUGAAAUGUCCUUGAUGCUCAAAGACAUGUACAUGAUGCAUCCAAAGGGCAGUCCACUGGAAAGACUACUGAUAGAACAUGAUGGAGGACACAAGUUUCCAUCUCCAGGACGACAUCACAAGUUGUAUACGGACUUAGCAAACACAAUAUGGCAGUUCUUCAACGAUACACGUCAGAGCUCCGUGGCGAGACUGUAA